AUGGUCGAUGAACUAUCGAGUUAUAGGAAUUACGUUCGGGGAAUAAGGGGGUUGCUACUUGUUGCUGGAUUAUGGCCGAUGAGAAAAUUGAACUGUUCAGCGUAUCAUUUUAUGUGCUAUUUCAAUACCCUCGGCUGUUUCAUUCUGAGUUGCGCAACUUUUAACUUUGGCCGGGCAAAUUCUAACAAUCUCGAGCUUCUGACUAAAAGUAUCGGCGUUACGGGAAGUUUUUUGUCGACGACGUUGAAGGUCGUCUGCUUCCGCGUGAAUUACAGAAACUUGGCUGAUCUUCAUUACACCCUUGAGAAAUACUUCGAGGAAAGCAUUGCAAAUCCGAAAAUUCGAACCGAAGUUUUAAGCCAAUUGAAUAUUUAUUCGCAGCCCUUUUACGCGCUUUCCGUAUUGGUCUUUCUCACUGUUCUUCUUAUUCUGAUAACACCACCAAUAGUUAUCUGUAUACAAUUGUCGAAAGAUAUUUAUCCGCUACAUUAUCUACUCCCCUAUGCUGCAAAAUAUCCAUGGCCUUUCGAGGGUGGAAGUUUUCUUUAUUACGUUCAUUAUGUGUGGCAAAGUUCUUCUGCGUUGUACGUGUUUUUCGUUACUUCCGGGGUUGAUUCGUUAUUCGGCUAUUACGUGUUUCAAAUGCGCGCUAUUUUUCGACUGAUGAGCCACCAAAUGAAAAGUCUCAGUGACAUCGAUGGGAACAAAGACGAAAUUAUUCGUCAGAUCGUGAACAUGCAUCGAGUGAUCGGCAAGUGUCGGGAUCAAGUCGAGAUGGUUUAUGGACCGAUAAUCUUCUGGAUUUUUCUCACGAGUGCCGUUAUCAUUUGCACUCUAGUUUUCCAGGCUACUCAGACUCGGGAGCAGACGGUUAGACAUGCAGUUCUAUUCUUCGUCUAUAUGACUGUAAAAUUGGUUCAAGCUUUCAUGUACGCGUGGUACGGAAGUGUCGUCAUCACGGAGAGCGAAGAGUUUCGCAAUGCGAUUUACAGCUGCGACUGGCCUGGAUCCGGGGACAAAUCUUUGAUGAACAACAUUCUCAUAAUGAUGUGCAACAAGCCAAUGGGGUUCACGGCCUGCAAAUUUCUCAUCAUCUCGACUGAUAUGUUCACUGCGAUAGUCAACACAACGAUGUCUUACUUCUUCUUAUUGCGAACACUGGAUGCGUAAAACUGACUACAUUGUUUCCCAACGAUUUUAAUGGUUUAUAAAAAUUUCCAUUAGCAAUUAAGAUACUCUGACAAGAUAAAAAAAACAGUUGUAUGGAAAAUAUGUAAAUUCUCCAGCAAGUAGUUUACGCAAAAUAAAACAAAAAAACGACGCUAUUUUAGGCGUUUUGACGAAGACAUCGAUGUAGAGUAGUCCUCUGAAGACAGCAAUCGGAAAUGGAAAAAACAUGACAUUCGAGUACAGUGAAUAGAAAGUUUCGAAACCGAUCCAUAAGAUUGUUGAAACCGAA